CUUAACAUAUGUAAAUGGUCUUCUCUCCUCUCCUCCUCCCUCCUUAAGAUCUGCUUUGUGCACAAGUCAGAAUGGAGAGACCUCGCUAGGGGCACAUGCUCCUUCGAAAAGGACGCCUGGUCUGGAGCUGUUCCACGAGUGGAUCCCCCAGAACUGCUUGGAGAACUUGCAACACGUCGGCAGAGGGGGCUUUGGUACCGUCUUCCGAGCUCAGCACAAAGAAAAGGGGACUGUGGCGUUGAAGAUGUUCCACCGCACCAAUGCACCCAGCACAAAUGUGUCCUGCAUCCGACAGCAAGCCCUGAAUGAAGCCCGCUUCAUGGAUGAGGCAUCUUUUGCCCCCAUCCCUCGUCUUUAUGGUCUCUACGAGAAGGGAAAUGAAGUGGGCCUGGUGAUGGAGUAUGUGGAGAACGGCAACUUGUCUGGCUUGCUGUCCAGUGCCUUGCCCUGGCCCCUGCGAAUCCGCAUCCUCUACCAGGUAGCCCUGGGGAUAGACUUCCUGCACUGCCUCCAUCCUCCGCGGUUCCACCUGGAUCUCAAGCCCAGCAACAUCCUGCUGGAUGAAGCUCUGAAUGUGAAAGUGGCCGAUUUUGGCUUGUCCAAGUUUGGGACGGCUCAGCGCUCCCCUCUCCCCUCUGAAAGCGCAGAAGUAUCUGGCGGGACCCUCGAAUACAUGCCCCCCGAAGCCUUUGCCGAUUCCUAUAAGCCAGACCCAGCCACGGAUAUCUACAGGUGGACAGAAGCGUCUGCUGUGGGGCACAAGGGGGUUGGCGCAAUUACACGAGCACUAUAGAAUUAGGAAAAGCUAUGGGAUCCUCAUGUUCUCAGUGCUAACCGGCAAGGAACCUUAUCCAUCCAACCCUCAGAGAGACAACUCCAUCUUCAGAAUGCAAAUCCAAGAGAAUCAACGGCCAAACACCGGGGAGCUGGAGGGGAAGAUACACGAGGUGGAGAAACUGGAAAAUCUGAUCAGCCUAAUGAAAAGGUGCUGGCAGAAAGACAAGGCCCAGAGACCAUCCUUCAAGGUCUGCAGCCAAGAGAUGGAGGAAAUCUAUUCCUGCUACAUGCCGCACAUUGAGACUGCUGUCUGUGAGGUCCAGGAUCGUUUGGCAAAAGCAAAAGCCCUCCCUUUAAGAGUUGCUGAGGACCAG